UCUGCAGCUAGACCCUUCUCCUGCAAAAAGCUGUCCAUUCCUCUUUGGUUGGAGUCUUCUUUACAGCAAUACUCAGCCCUGCCUUUUCUGUGUGACAGCGUAACCUGGUCUGAGCAUGCGCUGUAAUACUAAUGGGGGAGCCAAGGCUUUCUAAAAUGGAACACACCGGAGCGUUUGGGGACAAUAAUGAUGUCUUGGACAACCGGUUAAAUGUUUGUAGUGAUGAAGAUGAACCACUCCUCAGAAAAAACGCACGUCGGUUUGUCAUCUAUCCAAUCAAAUACCCUGACAUUUGGCGGAUGUAUAAGCAGGCACAGGCUUCCUUCUGGACUGCUGAUGAAGUUGAUUUAUCUAAGGACCUUGCUCACUGGCAUAAACUAAAGGCAGAAGAAAAACAUUUUAUUUCCUACAUCUUGGCUUUUUUUGCUGCUAGCGAUGGAAUUGUCAAUGAGAAUCUGGUGCAGCGGUUUUGUCAAGAGAUUCAGGUUCCAGAAGCUCGAUGUUUCUAUGGCUUCCAGAUUCACAUUGAGAAUGUUCAUUCAGAAAUGUACAGCUUGCUUAUAGACACUUACAUUGAUGAGCCACAGAGAAGGCAGUUCUUACUUGAUGCUAUUGAAACAUUACCCUGCGUACGGAAGAAAGCAGAAUGGGCCAUGCAAUGGAUAGCGGAUACAAAAGCUACUUUUGGAGAGCGAUUGGUAGCCUUUGCUGCAGUAGAAGGAAUUUUCUUUUCUGGAUCGUUUGCUGCAAUAUUCUGGUUGAAGAAAAGAGGCUUAAUGCCCGGACUUACUUUCUCCAAUGAACUCAUAAGCAGGGAUGAGGGUCUUCACUGUAACUUUGCUUGUUUGAUGUAUAGUUAUUUGGUGAACAAACCCACAGAAUCAAGAGUCACAGACAUUAUUGUUAAUGCAGUUAGAAUUGAACAGGAAUUUUUGACAGAAUCUUUGCCAGUAGCUCUAAUCGGGUUGAACUGCACAUUGAUGAAGAUCUACAUAGAAUUUGUUGCUGACCGACUACUUGCUGAACUUGGCUGCUCAAAGAUUUUUAAAGUAGAAAAUCCUUUUGACUUCAUGGAGAACAUUUCUCUGGAAGGAAAGACGAAUUUCUUUGAAAAACGAGUGGGAGAGUACCAGCGUUUUAAUGUCAUGGCACCAACUACAAACAAUGUCUUUACGCUCGAUGCAGAUUUCUAAUAUUGGAUAUUAACUCCCCCAGUGUGGAGAAUGGCAAGCAAUAGGCCUACACACUGCUUCCCCCGAGGACUACUACUCAUGGUCCAUGAGCAUAAUAAGGUCCCUUCUCAUUAUAGGUGUCAAAAGCAACGUCAAUAAGAAAGGGCCUGUAGACAGAAGUGCCUCUUCAUUCUCCCAACCCAUUACAAUUAAAUGUAAACUUUAAUUUCUUCUGUUAAGUGUGAUCAGUCCACGGGUCAUCAUUACU